AUGCUUAUGGCCCGAGACACGGCGCGGGACGAGGCUCAAAAGCUACACAGGAAGUGGCUGAAGCACCAGGCCUUUAUGGCGGAACUGGCCCGCAAUAAGGAAUGGCUUGCCAAGAUAGAGCAGGAGGGUCAGGAGCUGAUCCAGGAGAAGCCGGAGCUGCGUUCAGUGGUUCAGCAGAAGCUGGAGGAGAUCAGAGAGUGCUGGUCCGACCUGGAGAGCACAACCAAGGCCAAGGCCCGCCAGCUCUUUGAAAACAACAAGCCUGAGCCGGCGAUGAAGAGCUACUCGGACCUUGACAGCCAGCUCUCCCACCUGGAGAGGCAGCCCCCCCAGCUCGAGCAGGUGCACCAUCUCCCCACCUUCAACGAGCAGCUCCAGAAAUUCCAGGCUAUGGAGUCUCAGAUCGGGGACUUUUACAAGGAUGUGGGAGAGCUGGGUAGCUUGCAGAGCGUGUGCCUACCCCAGCGAGGGCUGAUGACGGGUGACAGGGAGGGCGGGGAGCAGUCGGGCGUGGUGGAGACCCGCAUCGUCCGCCUCAUUGAACCGCUUAAGGAGAGACGCCGCAUCCUGCUGGCUUCCAAAGAGAUGCAUCAGGUCGCCCAGGACCUGGAGGACGAGAUACUGUGGAUUCAGGAGAGGCUUCUGGCCUCCUGUAAGGAUUAUGGGACUAACCUCCAGAGUGUACAGCAGCAUGUAAAAAAGAACCAGACACUCCAGAGGGAGCUGACGGGGCGCCGGGCUCGCGUCGAGGAGGUCCUGGACCGCGCGGGGAUCAUUGCUUCCCUAAGGACCCCGGAGGUGGAGUUUGUGCGCGAAGGGGCCGGGCACGUGCGCCAGCUGUGGGAGGUUUUGCAGCUGGAGGCAGAGAGGCGGUGUGUGAUGCUGGAUGCCACGCUGCAGGCUCAGCAGUACUACAGCGAGGCGGCUAAAGUGGAGUCAUGGCUGUCGGGUCAGAAGCUCCAUCUGGUCAACGAAGAGAGAGGCACGGACGAGGCGAGCACCCUGCAGCUGCUGAAGGCCCACCUGGCUCUGGAGCAAACGGUGGAAACGUACGCAGAGACAGUCGGCAUGCUAUCCCAGCAGUGCCAGCGUCUACUGGAACUCGCACACCCAGAAAGCGAGCAGCUCACCAAGCAGCAGUCACACAUAGACCGGCUGUAUGUGUCUCUGAAGGACAUGGUGGAGCACAGGAAGACCAAGCUGGAGCAGCAGUACUGGCUUUACCAGCUCAACAAGGACGUGGAAGAGUUGGAGAAGUGGAUCACAGAGCGGGAGACGGUGGCCAGUUCCACUGAGCUGGGCCACGACCUUGAGGAUGUCACGGUGCUUCAGGAGAGAUUCACAAAGUUUGCCUCAGAAACCAACAGCGUCGGCCAGCAGCGAAUGGAGCAGGUGAACAAAAUGGUGAAUGAAAUGAUCGACUGCGGCCACUCGGACGCGGCCACCAUCGCCGAGUGGAAGGACGGGCUGAACGAGUCCUGGGCUGACCUCCUGGAGCUGAUGGAGACCCGCAGGCAGAUGCUAGCGGCGUCGCACCAGCUGCACAAGUUCUUCACCGACUGCAAAGAGGUCUUGGCUCAGAUCGCUGGGAAGAUGAAGCAGCUGCCAGAGGUGAGGGCGUGCCAAGCUAACAUCACCAAUCCAGCCACCCUGCAGAGACUCAUGCACUCCUUUGAGCAUGCCCUUCAACUGCUCGUGGCACAGGUGAGGCAACUGCAGGAGAACGCGGCCCAGUUGAGGACCAUUUAUGCAGGCGAGAAGGCCGAGGCCAUCAUGGUCAAAGAGCAGGAGGUGAUGGAGGCUUGGAAGGAGCUGCUGGGCUCUUGCGAGGCCAGUCGCGUCCAGGUCACCUCAGUAACUGACAAGGUGCAGUUCUUCUCAGUGGUGCGUGAAAACCUGAUGUGGAUGGAAGGCAUCAUGGGCCAGAUUGGAUGGGAUGAGCCCAGGGAUUUGACGGCUCUAGAGAUGAUGAUCAAACAACAUCAGGAGCUGAAAGCCAAAGUAGACGGACGCAGCAAGACCAUACAGCAGUGUGCAGAUCUGGGCAAGAUCCUAAUAGCUGCCGGGAAUCCUGCAUCAGAGGAGAUACAAGAGAAGCUGGACAGUCUUCUGGCUAAGCAGAGGGAUCUUGUUGAAAAAUGGGACAAACACCAGGAGAAGUUACAACGCAAACAGGAAAAGUUCCAGUUUGCCCAGGAGACAGUAAGGGCGGAAGCCUGGCUUAAGGCCAAGGAGCCGUUGAUCACCUCCAGGGAGCCAGAGGGAGGAGGGGCCCGGGCCCAAACAGAUGAGGUUGAGCAACUCAUCCUUCGCCAUGAGGCCUUCCGCAAGGCUGCUGUAACCUGGAAAGAACGCUUCAGCUCUCUCCGCCAGCUUUCCGCAGCUGAGAAGAAAAAAGAAGAGGAAAUGAAGACAACCCCACUCUCCAGCCGAAGGAUGUUCCCAUUAUCAUGUCUGACUCCCAGCGUUCCCUCAACCAGUGCUACCUCAUCUUUCUUGAGGCAGACUGUACAGGCGCACAUAGAACACAAACCCUUACAGACCAGUCUGGAUCUGGGUGCCACCCCUGCAAGCCAGAGAUUGUCCUCAACCCUAGCCAGCUACAAGCCAGUUAUAAAUGGAUCAGGCUACCACGGAUUGGAACAGCAGAGCAGUGGGAAGUUGGUGAGCUCCUCGUACCUUGGAAUGAACCACCAGGCGGCCGGGGGUGGAAGUGACUCGGGUUUCUCAGCGCUGACCUCCCAGAGCGGUGGAGCAGACACUUCUACUUACCUUGGGAUAAACCAUCGAACUGCGGGCAGUGUAGAGAGCUCUGGGUACUUUGGACUGACAACUGGGUGUGUGGGAAGUACGCAAAACCAUCAAGGCAGUGGCAGGUUAGGAAGUUCAGGUAACCUAGCUCAGCAGCCAAGCAGUGGAGGUAUGGGAAGCACUGGCUUUGUGCCUCAACAGAAUAUGGGCAGUUCUGGAUAUUUGUCUCAACCACAAAACAUGGGAAGUUCUGGAUACUUGGGACAUCAGCCUAAUUUAGGUAGUACAGGAUAUUUGGCCCAACAGCCUAACAUGGGGAGCUCUGGGUAUUUGGCGCAACAGCCUAACAUGGGGAGCUCUGGGUAUUUGGCACAACAGCCUAACAUGGGGAGCUCUGGGUAUUUGGCACAACAGCCUAAUAUGGGGAGCUCUGGGUAUUUGGCACAACAGCCUAAUAUGGGGAGUUCUGGGUAUUUGGCACCACAGCCUAAUACAGGGAGUUCAGGGUAUUUGGCACAACAGCCUAAUAUGGUGAGUUCUGGAUACAUAGCACAGAAUUAUCAGAGCAGUGGGGGAUUGGGUAGCUCAGGCCUUCUGGCACAAAAUAAUUACAGCAGUGGAAGUCUGGGCAGUUCUGGUUACCUUGCGCAGAGUGGUGGCAUCAUGGACCCUAAAAUGGCAUAUGCAUGGCAGCACCUGAAAGCUGACUUCAUGCAGCCCAGAAUCAACCACAUCCACAAGGCUGUUAACCCCUUACUAGAGGCCAGCAGAGUGCAGAGGGAACAGUUUGGGGACAUCCCAAUGGCAGACAUGGUGGGGCCAGAGUCAGGGCUGGAGCUCCUCCACGGCCGUCUCCAGAGGGAUCCCCGUGGCAGCCGCUCUGAUCCUCAGAUGGACCAUCUGAGGCGAGAGAGGGAGUACAAGCUGGGAAGACAGACCUCCAGUGAACAGGAGAUCCAGGCCAGGCUGAACGAGUUGCCACUGAUUGUACGUCAGGAGCGCUAUCGGAGGCGCCUGGAGAGGCAGUCGUCCAGCGAACAGGAGGGGAGCAGCAAGCAGAGACUACAGAGACAGGACUCGAGUGACCUCGAGGGCUCUGUUAAGGAUGGCUCAGACAAACGCUCAGGGGAAAAGAGAUCUACCAUGGCAGAGAUUGUAGAACAGGUCCAGGAGAGGGAGGCAGCGCAGGCACGAGGAGAACCUUAUCGCCCUUCAAGCAGCCUCUCAGCACCAGUGACUCGUUUUGACGGACGCCCUCGUGCCCGAGACCGCCCCAAACCAAGGAGGAGGCCCCGUCCAAAAGAACCUGAGGAAACACGACGUUCUCGCUCGGCUCCAGCUACUGGUGCCCCAACGACACCUCAGCCGCCUUCACACACUGCCCAGAAUGAAGGCUUCCUCUAUCGCAAAAAGGCCACCGCCUCUGACCUUGAAGCUCAGCAGAGAAGCCCAAACAGCAAGUCCUGGACGAACGUAUUUUGUGUGCUGAAGGAGGGACAGCUGACCUUCUACAAGGAUGCUAGGCACCGAACCACACCUUACAAUGAGGAGCCCCCAGUAGACCUUUGUAACUGCACGUUUGAUCCUUCAAUGGGAUAUAAGAAGAAGAAAAAUGUCUUCAUUCUUCAAAUGAACGAUGGAAUCAACUUGGCAUUCCAUGCAAAAGAUGAGGAGGACCUGAAGGCCUGGACUUCGAACAUCACCACCUGUAUAGCUGAGCACGAGUCCAUGGGCAAGUGGGACAAGCCGGGAACCUCGUCCAUGGACCCCGACAACUCGGAGAGGAAAGAGAAGUCGGAGGGGGACGCGGACGCCAGGUCAGAGAGGUCUGAGCUGGCUGAAGGGGAGGAGCGGUCCGAGAAGGAGAGGUCAGAGAAAGGGGACGGCUCGGAGAAGUUAGACACGUCAGAAAUUGCCGACAAAAUGGAGGGCGGGGCGGGGGGCUCCAGCACGUCCGGGAAGAGCAAAUGA